AUGCUGAAAUUUGCCGCUCUUCUUUUUCUAAUCGUUUUGGCCAACGCAACUCCAACCGAAAGUAAUGGCAACGCCUCCCGAGUGACGCUUAUUCGAGGAGUUGACUUUACCGCUGCAGUUAAUACCACUCACUCCGCAUGCUUCAAACGUUGGGGCUAUGGAAUGGCGUUCGUUCGGAUCUACAACGGCCAACCGGAUGAGGUUGGGUUCAAGAACUUGCUCGCCGUCUACGGUGAGUUAAAAUGGGAUAAAAAAUUGUCGCUAGGACCAUCAGUCUGUCGGGAAAAUAAUAAGCACACUGUUGCAUCGAAAAUCGCAUUGCUGUCUAGAAAAAAUGAAUUGUGUCGUGGCAAAAUCCAUAGUUUUUUUCACUUCAGAGACGUGGUCGGCGCAGCGACAGAGUGCUGAUUAUUUUCCCGACAGACUAAUAAAUCUCCGCAAACUCUCCGCCUUCGCAGAAAGUCGGAGAAGGCUUGCAGCGGCUUUGUUAAGCCUCAGGCAUGGGUGGCCACCCGGGCCCAUUUAGGCCCGUUCGGGCCUGUUUCGGCCCGUCUUACUUUUCCCGCAAUUACGAUAUCUCGCUUUGGAGAAGAGAUAUCAAAAAUCUGACAACAUUUUGCAGGGUCAGCACCCCUAUAAACCCAGGGCUAGCCGAAGUUUCAAAGCCAUCCGGUUACUCAGAAAAAAGCGCGGGAUUUUUUUUUGUCAAAUAAAACGGGCCUAAACGGGCCCGGGUGGCCACCCCUGGCCUCAGGCACCUCGUAUGAUUUUUUCUGGGCCUCUGCCUGCGCUACGACAAGUAUACAGUGGGGGACCUGAUCCAGUGGCAAAAAAUUUAACAUUUUGCACCCAGGAAGUACCAAAAAUGUAGCAAAAUAUCUCCCUCUCCAAGGGAAAAAAUCCCAUUUCAAAGGCGCGCCGGCUCUUUUUGUGAGGGAAAGGGCGCAUAGGGUCCUUCAAAACGAAGUUUUUUCACUUGAAAGGGGAGACAUUUUGCUAUACUUUUUGAUACUUCCCGGAUGCAAAAUGGUACGCUUUUGCUCCCUCACUGUAAGUCGAUUUUUUGUGGACUCGAAAAUUCGGGAUGCAAAAACAUUGACCGAUUCUUUUGCAAUUUUAUGUGGCCACAUGUGGUAGCAAAAAAAGUUUCACAAAAAAUUUCAGACGACCUGAGUGUUCAACUUGUCAUCGUUCCCGAACUUGACGGCCUCAAGACUCCAAAAACCCAAGUCUCGGAGGUUUUGUCGGUCGCAAAAAAGAAGGGAUGGGGCAUUAGAGGACUUUGGCUGCAGAUCACCUCACCUCUGAGCUGGAGCAAAAUCACCGCCAAAAAUGUGCAAUUCAUCCAAGAGUUUGCCAAAGAGGCCGCGGUAAGAUGACUUUAAGUUUUACUCGAAAAAAUGACACUUUUUUGACGAAAAUCCGAGACUUCUUAUAUUAACCAUGACGAAAAUUUUAAUCUAGGCAAACAAAGUUGCUGUCAGCUUCUACACCAACUGGUACGACUACAAAGUGAUCACAGGCAACUCUCGAGCGCUGUCGGCUCCAACUCUUUGGUAUUGGAAUGUUCUUGGGACCGGAGAAGCGGCUCAAACUCCGGCCAAUUUGGAAGACUUCCGACCGUUCGGGACCUUCCAAAAAGCCCUGGUAAAACAGUACGGCCAGACCAAGAAUGUGUGCGAGGUGUUGGUGAAUCAAAACGUCUAUGAACAUGUCAGACUGAGCGACCAAAACAGCGAUGAAAUUUUGAGUUCUGUCAGUCGUAUAGUAAUUUAA